AGAUUAAGCACAAGAACCCAAAAAAUACAAUUGUUUUUUUUUUGUCAAAUGCUUGUUUUGUUUGUGAAAUACGGCUACAUGUUGUCAACUUUUGGCCCUAAUAACCGCUUAGCACCAGUUGGGCAGUGUACUCGUUAGACCAUUUAUAGUCCUAGUGAAAAAAAAUGAUGCAUCAUCACCAUAGAAUUGAUGCUGAGAAUAAUUAAAUUGCUCCUGUACUGUGUAGAGUGCAUGAUCUUCUAUCCUUGUUCAACUUCUUAAACUGUGACUUUGUUUUCUCUUUCACCUGUCCGUAAGCGUUAACGUCACAAAUCCGUUCCAUUGUUGACCUGAAUCUAUGGAACGUUUUCAAGAUUGUUCGCGUCGCUUGAACAGUGAAAAAAAUACACUUUUAUGACCUAAUUGAAACGAAUGCUGAACAUAAAAUGGGUUCAAAGAUACCAGGAAAGUUGAGAAGUCAACGGUUGACGUGUAAAUGUGAUACUUGUGCUCUAGGAUUCAAAAAUGUGCAAGCGUUACGUUCGCACCAAGCCGUUGCCCAUCCGCUGAAGAAAAGGAUUGCAUACCGACCUAAAACCGAAGUUAUAGCCAAAAGGAAGCUUAUACCCCAUAAAAAGGUAAUAAAAGUGGCCCAUAAAAUGAACAAAAUUUCCGAAAAUGCUUCGACAAAAAAAUCACAGCCACACAAUUUAUUAAGAAAAUACAAUACUAAAGCGCCAAUACCUAGUGAAGACGGGAAACAAUCCGAAUUUGAGUGCCCGGUUUGUUCUAAAAUAUUCAAGGUUUACUCCUGGGCUUGGAAACACAUCCAGAAAUAUCAUUGCAUUGACGAGAAAGGGAACCCUGUUUUACCAACAUCGAAAGAUAUAAUCAAGCCAGUUCGUAUAGAACGUUGCAUCGCCUGUAAUGUAUUAAUAAAGUCCGAUGAUCAUACAUGUGGUAUAUCAUUCUCUAACGUUCUGAAGAGCCAGUACUCUUGUCUCGGUUGCAAUCAGCAGUUCAAUACUUUACAUUUGUACGAACUACACAUAGCAGGACUUCACAGUGAAGGAGCUGAGAACCUGUUCUUUCCUGAUGAGGCUGCGUUCUCGGCGUGGCGACAGGACACGGAGAAACGUUGCGAUAUAAAAUACACGACCCUAAGCAAAAUUGAUAAUAUGCAAAUAUAUCACUGCAGUCACAUGAAAUGCGACAGCUCUACGGCCAGCAUGUGCCCGUCUAGUUUCACGAAGCAAGAGUUCAGCAAAGGCAUACAGGUCGUGUACUAUAAAGCUCAUUACGGGCACAUAAUCGAUGAAUACACCCUCCCCGAGGAGUUCAAGAAGUACUCAAUAAGCUCACUGUUGAGAGAUACGGAUUGUUACACCGUGCUGAGCGUCGACUGUGACUCGGACGACCUAAGCGUGCAAUUCAAGAGGUUAAUGGACACUAUUUUGGGUAAAUCGUUGCACGUUAAGGAGAAUGUAUUGAAAUUGUUGUACGGAAAAGCGCUGGAGAUGGCUUCGCUGUUGAACGAUGAGGCUGGCUGUAAAAUUGAGUGCCAGAAUGGUAAGGAGCUCGCUAAAAAGACAUCCACCGAUGACAUUGUCGAGGACGAAUCUAAACUUGACACGGAAAUGAAAACAAAAGUGCCCGUUAAGACUUACAGCAAUACGAGGAAGAACGUGAAGUUUGAGGACAACAAAAUUGGGUCCCCGAAGUUCGGGUCGCCCGCGUCGCUGACGUCAUUCAAUGAUUCGUACCGGCACUUCGUCGAGGACACCCUGGGCGCGGUCGACGAGAAAAUUAAAAAGAAAAAAAUGAUCGUUAAAACCAGAAUAGGGCAGUUCAAGCCCACCUCACCGACAAACGACAGGGCGACAAUAAAAAAAUCGCCCAAGUCUUCAACCAAAGUUAAAAGUAGCCUAAGAUUGAAACGCGACUUCGAAUACGAAGUCAUAGAAAGGGACAAAGAAUGCAACAUUAUGGUUAUAAAAAUUUAAGAAAAAAAAAAAAACAAUAAAA